CGCGCGGUGUCAUUCUUGAACACGCAGUCAGGUGUCGCGCUUCUAUCACGCUGCCGGUGACGCCCACCGGCGUCUCUUUUUUUCCUGCCGUCCACGUCCGACACCAGCAAGGAAACCGCCUUAUUUAUUUAUUUCCUCCCUCGUGUGUAUGGGAACGGAUGACGUAGCGUGAUUGUAUGCGCGUGGGCGUGGAAGAAAAAUGUCAACGUGCAGCGCGAGAAGGGGAGAAGCCCGGAGCUGAGUCGCCGGGUCCGCAGCCUCAGGAGGGUGUCAGCGGCGAGCGCCUGCUCGGUGGCGGGGGUUGGGUGCUAUAUCUGUGGGGGUAAAGUUCCCGGCGGUCGCCGCGAGCGGUCAGCGCAUCUUCAGGCGCCGGAGGUGAGUUCACCCGCACCGAAGCCCAGCCUCCCUUCCUGGAUGUGAGCACGCAGCGACGCUUCGACGGCAGACCGCUCGGGGAUCGCUGGACGUCCAUUUCGUAACCUCUCCGACAUCGAGCAGCUAUGUAGACUUCUCGGUGACACGCUGGUGAUGCAGGGCCUCGCAGGGAGGAGGAGCAGAGACUGACUCUCCUCCGUUUAGGCACACCCAGCACUCUAUGUCUGUCCUGACUGGACAACUGGAGUGCUAUGUCAUCAACCACACCCCCGUCGGCCCAACCCCAAAAAAAGGGAAGGAAGCCUGAGAAAUCGGAGGUGAUGGCUGAUUCGGUGCCGGCCACCAACGAGGAGCUGAGGAGCAAACUGAUGGAUGUUCAGAUCGAGCUCCAGCAGGAGCGUGGAAAGGUAUGUAAGCUCCGUGAGCGACUCCAGGAGCAGCGGCAGGCCCGAGAGCUCGAGCAGCACAAACAUGCUGUUGCACUCACUGACCUGCGUGCCAAACUUCAUGAAGAGAAGCUUCGUGAGAUCGCCACUGCCCGCGAAGCUCUGGCACGACAGCAUGAGGCUGAACUGGCCAGGACCAUCAAGAUCCGUGACGCCGAGGUGCAGCGGCUCCAGGGCCUCGUGAACGCUCUGAGAGAUGGAGCAGCUGACAAGCUCAAAAACGCUCUGCUCGGAGAGGCUCGGGAGGAGGCCAGGAAGGCUUUUGAUGGGGAGAGACUUAAGCUACAGCAGGAGAUUCAGGAGCAGAAAACAGCCAGGAAACAGGCUGAUGAGGCGCUGGCAAACGCUCUUCAGGCUGAUAAAGCCAAAGCUGCUGAUCUGCGAACGGCCUACCAACAGCACCAAGAUGAGGUGCAUCGUAUCAAACGCGACUGUGAGAAAGACAUCCGCCGACUGAUGGAUGAGCUGAAGGCGAAGGAUCGGGUGAUGUGUGCUCUGGAGCGGGAGCUGGGAGUGCAGGCCGGCUAUGCUCAGAAGCUCCAGCUCCAAAAGGAAGCUCUGGAUGAGCAGCUGGGUCAGGUACGAGAGGCUGAGAGGCACAACCACGGCAGCCCCAAGAGAGAAAUCAUGCCUGGACUCGGGGAAAACCAAGACCUCGUCAACAACCAGGAGGUGGAGGAGCGUGACAUGAGGAGGUUCCAGCUGAAGAUUGCGGAGCUCCACUCAGUCAUCAGGAAGCUGGAGGACAGAAAUGCGCUGCUGGCCGACGAGAGGAAUGAAUUACUAAAGCGUGUUCGAGAAGCAGAAAGUCAGAUGAAGCCCAUGUUCGAGAAAAACAAGCGGCUAUCUAAGAAGAACGAUGACCUCCUGCAAACACUACAGCGCAUGGAGGAGAAACUCAAGAACCUGAGCCGAGAGAACGCCGAGAUGAAGGAAAAAGCCUCCUCUUCCCGUCCACCCUCACAGCAGCAGUGCAUUCAGACCCAGCUGAAGCGUCCGAGCUCCCUGACAGACCUGAGCCAUGCUCACGAGGAGCAGGAAGUGGAGUUUCUCAAGCUGCAGGUUGCUGAGCAACAAGGCAUCAUUGACGAGCUCACGCAGGAACGUGACCGAUUAGUGAUGUGCAAAAAAACCAGAAGAAAACCUCUCAAAAUGUCAAAAAGGCAUGUUGUGGAGACAUAUUUUGGAUUUGAUGAGGAGUCGGUGGACUCCGAGACGUCCUCUCUGACCUCCUAUAACACUGACCUCACUGACCGCACGCCUGCCACCCCGGAGGAGGACCUGGAAGAGAGUGUUUCCCGUGAAGAAUCAGAACUUCGUUUCCGUCAGCUCACCAGAGAGUAUCAGGCUCUUCAGCGGGCUUAUGCCCUCCUGCAGGAGCAGACCGGCGGCUCUCUGGAUGCGGAGAGAGAGGCCAGGACCCGCGAGCAGCUGCAGGUGGAGCUCCACAGCUGUCAGGCCAAGAUUGUUGACCUGGAGAAGGCCCUGGCCGAGAGGGGGCAGGAUUCAAAGUGGGUGGAGGAGAAGCAGUACUUGCUCAGGACCAACCAGGAACUGCACGAGAAGAUGUGUGCCUUGCAGCAGACGGAGUCGAAGCUGCAGGCUGAGGUUCAGGACGCUCGGGACCAGAAUGAGCUGCUGGAGUUCAGGGUGCUGGAACUGGAAGAGAGGGAGCGCAGAUCUCCUGCCCUCAAUCUGCACAUGUCUGCCUUCCCUGAAAACAGCAGCAGUGCCCUGCAGAUCUACUGCCACCAGGAGGGAGUCAAGGAUGUUAUUAUUCCAGAGCUAAUGAAAAAACUGGAUAUUCUAGGUGAUAAUGGGAAUUUGAGGAAUGAGGAGCAGGUAGCUGUGAUUCAAGCCGGAACAGUGAUUUCUCUCUGUGAAAAGUGGUUAAAGCAGAUAGAUAGCACCGAGGCUGCUCUCACGCAGAAGAUGAUUGAUCUGGAAAAUGACAAGGAGCUAUUCAGUAAGCAGAAAGGAUUCCUUGAAGAAGAGUUGGACUACAGGAAGCAGGCCUUGGACCAGGCCUACAUGAGGAUCGAGGAGCUGGAGGCCACGCUGUAUAGCGCUCUGCAGCAGGAGCAGCCGGCAUGCCAGGCGGUGGCUGAGUCGCUGACAGACAGGCAGAGGGAGGAGCUGAGGCUAGCCGUGGACAAGCUGCGGCGUCAGAUUCUCAGGCAGAGCCGGCAGUAUGACAGUCAGAUCUUACAGGAGCGCAUGGAGCUCCUACAGCAGGCCCAGCAGAGAAUUAGAGAGCUGGAGGACAGGAUUGACUUGCAAAAGAGACAAAUAAAGGAAAUAGAGGAAAAGUUUCUGUUCCUCUUUCUGUUUUUCUCUUUAGCAUUUAUUCUUUGGCCUUAAUGAGAAUGACAGUGGAACCACAUCAGGUGUUAAGGUGCUGUGGAUGCAAGCAAGGAUGAAAGAGAAGCAACUUUUUUUAUGCAUAUGUAGACAGUUCACAAAAACCUAAUGGCCUUUUUGAUAAACGCGCACUUUUGCAGAGGACUCCUACCUGGAAUGUGAACCUGUUUGAGAAUUUAAUGCAUACCCAGAUAUUACAUGAGAUUAUUGAGAUUUAUUUAUAGAGUGGUUCUUUAACCUGGACCAUAAAACCUUAACUCCUCCGUGAGAAGCAAACACGUGGAUUUACAAAGAGGAAACUCUGAAUCAGAGGACUGACUUAAAG